AUGACCUCCACCUCAAUCUCCCUCUGGGAGAGAGUAGACCUCAUGCAUGCUCAAUUAACCGUUUUGGGCACAGCUCUUUAUAGCGCCGUCACAGGUAUCUUCCGAGGCAAAAGCGGCGCAUCAGGAUAUGGGCUCCACGUCGGCAACGCAGCGUUGAGAAAAUUGUGUAAUAGACUGAGCGCAGAACAGUUCCAAUACAUGAAUGGCCCCACAAGGUCCGUCUACGAGACAGGCCUGCAGAAAAAGGGACUCCAGCCCGAGACAGUCCCUCUCAACCACGGUGCACAAGGCCACUGGAUCGGAAACAAGAAUGCCAAAAAUGUGGUCAUUUAUUACCAUGGCGGCGGAUUCGCCGUGCCCUGCGCAGCGGGCCAUAUCUCCUUCUACGGCGACUUGGUCAACACCUUCAACGCAGAAGGCCACGACGUAGCCUUCUUCAUAAUAACCUACAGCCUCACCCCGCACGCCGUCUACCCAACUCAGCUCCGGCAGGCUGUGGAAGCCCUCCGCUACAUCCUCACCGAGACAAACCGUGACCCAGCCAACGUGGUCAUCGCCGGCGACUCCGCAGGUGGAAACCUAGCCCUAGCCGUCCUCCUGCAUCUGUCACACCCGCAUCCAGAGAUCGAGCCUCUGUGCGACGUAGCACCCUUGGCGGGGUUGUUUGCCUUCGCGCCGUGGGUGAGUUUCGUCCAUGAGGGCACCUCCAUGCAGGAUAAUCAGUAUAAGGAUAUGAUUGGGCGGGAGAUUUUGGAUCGGUGGUCGCGCAUGUAUUUGGGCGCGGAUGGGAGGGAGGGCGAUGCGUGGAGUGAGCCUAAUCGGGCACCGAUUGAAUGGUGGAGGAAUGCGAAGGUGAAGGAGGUCUUGAUUUUGGCAGGGAAGGAUGAGAUCUUGUUCGAUCCGAUUGAUGCCUUUGUGAAGAAGGCAUGGGGAAACUCAUGUUGCACCGGUUUACAGCGCUGGUUUUAUUGGAAAGGAGACCCAGCAGGGGAACGGAUUGAAGGAGUGGUUGCGGUCUCGUCUCUAGGGCAAGCGGGAGGGGAACACUCAGAGCGCAUGCACUACACCAAACAUGUUUGA